AUGGUCUCUAUCGUUCUGGGCAGUCAAUGGGGAGAUGAGGGCAAGGGAAAAAUUACAGACAUGCUGUCGCAGAAGGCGACGCUGUGCUGUCGUGCAGCGGGUGGUCACAACGCCGGUCACACCAUCGUUCACGAGAACGUCACCUACGACUUCCAUAUUCUACCCUCAGGCCUCGUCUCGCCCUCAUGCAUCAACUUGAUCGGUGCUGGUACCGUUGUCCACGUUCCUAGCUUCUUCAAGGAGCUGGCCCAGCUCGAGACCAAGGGCCUUACCUCCGCCGGCUCGCGCAUCUUCAUUUCCGAUCGCGCCCACGUCUGCUUCGAUCUCCACUCCGUUGUUGACGGUCUCGAGGAGGCCGGUCUCGGUGGCCGCAAGGUUGGCACAACCGGCAAGGGCAUCGGUCCCUGCUAUAGUGACAAGGCUGCGCGCCGCGGUGUGCGCGUCGGGGAGAUCUUCGACGAGGAGACCUUUGAGCGCAAGCUGCGCACUCUCAAUACUUCCUACCGUGCGCGUUUCGGUGAUCUGGCCUACGAUGUCGAAGAGGAGAUUGCCCGCUUCAAGGAGUACCGCAUGAAGCUGAAGCCGUACAUUGUCGACCAACUCGCUUUCCUGCAGGAGCACAAGAACUCUCCCAACAUUCUGGUCGAGGGCGCCAACGCCUUGAUGCUUGACCUGGACCACGGCACAUACCCCUUCGUCACCUCCUCAUCAACAGGUCUCGGCGGAGCCGUGCAAGCCCUCGCCCUCAACCCAGCAAGCAUCACGUCCGUGAUUGGUGUUCUGAAAGCCUACACCACCCGCGUCGGCUCCGGUCCCUUCCCUAGCGAACAGCUCAACGAAGAUGGCGACAAGCUGCAGAAGGUCGGCCGCGAAUUCGGUGUGACCACCGGCCGUCGUCGCCGCUGCGGCUGGCUCGAUCUCGUGCUGGCUCGCUACUCCCACGCUAUCAACCAUUACACCGCUCUGAACCUGACCAAGCUUGAUAUCCUCGAUGACUUCGAUGAGAUCAAGGUCGGAGUGGCAUACAUCCUGCCUGAUGGCACUCGCACCACUGGUUCUUUCCCUGCGGAUCCCAACGUUGUUGAGAAGCUCCAGGUUGAGUAUGUGACUCUGCCGGGCUGGAAGAGCAACACUAUGGGUGUUACCCGUUACGAGGACCUGCCUGCCAACGCCAAGGCCUACAUUGAAUUCAUUGAGCGUGAGAUCGGUGGUGUUCCUAUCAAGUGGAUUGGUACCGGUCCCAACCGUGAGCACAUGAUUGCGCGCGAGUAG